UGCAAUUCUUACAGAAUCAUUUCCAUUCAUCCCGAAACCGCAAUCUUCAUCAUUCAUAUCACAAACUUUUCAACAUCUUUAAUCAAUGAUCUAAUUCUCUUCAACGUUAACUUCCAUUUUCAUUUUCAUUUUUCUAUUUCUAAAUUACUUAUCUCAAUGGGGGAUGACAAGGGAUCGAGUGAGAAAAUAAUGGCGGUUUUGGAAUGUGAACGUGGUGAGCUAGAAACAGAGAACAUAAAGAAUAACGAAGAGAUUGAGAAAAUGAAGACGGAGAUUGAGAAGCUACGCAAGAAUUCUGAUUCAACGGCGGAGUUGGAGAAGGAGGCGGCGAGGCUCCGAAGAGAAGUGGUUGAAUCAAAAGUUGAGAUAGAGAAACUGAGAAAGAUAAUAGAUGAAAAGGAAAAUAAGAUUGAGAUAGUUGAGAAAGAAGGGAAAGAGUUGAAGCAAGAGAAUGUGGAGAUGGAAAUGAAAGUUAGGGAAUUGGAAAGGAGAAUUGGUGUUAUUGAGAUGAAAGAGGUUGAGGAGAAUAGUAAGAGGGUUAGGAUUGAGGAAGAGAUGAAGGAAAAGAUUUAUGAGAAAGAGAUGGAGGUUGAGGAAUUAAAGAGUAUGUUGAUGGGGAAGAAGGUGGAGGAGGAAAAGUGGUUGAAAGAUAAGAGGGUUUUGGAAAAGAAAUUUGGGGUUUUCGAAUUUAGUUUGAUGAAUAUGAAGGAUAUUAUAGGGUUUGAGUUGUUGAAUUGGCCAGUUCUGGCAGCUGGUUCUGCAGGUAGUAUUGCUAUGGUUGUUGUCCUUAUGCGUUUCUUCUUUGGAAAAAGAAGAUGAGAGAAAAAUGAUCCAAUUUCAUGUUUCCUGUAUGUUUAGAUGAACAUUGAGUUUGGCAAAAUCAUAGCAAGAGCAAUUUAAUUAAAGCUUCAAAAUGUAGCUUCUUUUAAAAUCACAGACUUAUGGUGAAUCUGCCAAUGUCACUACGAAUCUAGACAUACACUUCAGUGGAAUGAUGAAGGGUUUCUUACCAUGAUUUGGAUGUUGGUAGUCAUUAUAAUGUUUUUUUUUUUUGUUAUAUUGUGUUUGGGAGUUAUGUGUUUUAUUUUGAUUUACGUUGUUUUGGUUUUAGUAGCUAGCUGGUUGUUUCAUUAGGAGAAUUAAACUGUUUUAUUUAGUGGUAGACACUUAUCUUUCUCUUUAUAA